GCAAGAGAAUGACUCGCAUGAAAAUCGGGGUUAAUUUUUUAAUAUCUUAUCUGUGAAAAAAAACCGUAAAAUAAUUUUUAAUUAAAAUUUGUAUUAUCGGAGAGAUAAAAUUGUGUACAAAAUCAAAACAUUUUUAAAAAAAAUUAAUAUAUUGAAAAUUGAAGGAACCCUAGUUAUUUCGGACUCAUCUUUACCAGAGAUUUCCGAGUUGAAAAAAUGGAACAAGGUUGUCGCAAGCGUGGGCAUUCGAGUGACGAGGACGUGGAGAACAGCCGCCGGAAAAGAAGUGUCGAGCUUAAGCUGGCGACCGUGGAGAAGUUGAUGCGGGGUCUGAGUUUUCAGGGCGGCAGUUCAAUUGAGCUGAAGUUGGAGAAUCUCUCGUACUUGCUGAGGGAUGUCUGUGCGAGUCUCAAAGAGGAAAUCCUGUGCAUCCUGGUGUCGUGCGUGGAAGAGCAACCCGGCCAGGCCAGUGCCUACGCCACAUUUGUCGGCCUGUUGAAUGUAAGGAGCUGGGAGUUCGGCGCCGCGUGCUUGGGAUUCAUGGUGCAGAAACUGUAUGAAUGCCUGUGCAAUCGCGAGUGGUUCAAGUGCCAGGGAAUAGUGCAUUUUCUUGUAGCUCUGUACAACUGCAACGUAGUCACAUCGUCGUCCUUGCUGAAGUUCCUCGCGAGUUUCGUGAGCGAGUGUGAGAACCAAAGCGAUCCCGACGAUGUGGUGGAUUUCGUACUCCAGGCACGUCGCGAUUGGUUGGCCUACUGCGUACUAUCCGCCCUGCCCUUCGUGGGCAAGGAUCUGCAGCAGAAGGCGGGAUUUGAGAGCCUAAUGCUCACGUUGCAGAUCUACGUCAAGAAGCGUUGCGCGUUGCACACCCCCAUGCUGAGUGUUUGGCGUGACUCCGAGCAGAGGGACCAUCUGGAGUUGCUGUGGCAUCAGGUGGACGCAUUGCGCCAGGAGCAGUGGGUGGAACCAGAGCACCAGUUGAUCACCCGUCCUUACCUGGCCUUCGACGGGACGUUGAGUCACGCCGUGCCUCACUGUCUACAAGACUUUGAGGUGCCGCCCCAUGAGCAGGGAUGCUGCUAUCCUCCGACGCGAGUGCCCUUUCGCAUCUUUUCGUACGACUGCGAGAACCUCCAAUUGCCCUCUCCUUUGAGCAUCGAACGGCAUUUGUUGGAGGUGCAGAUCCAGGACAUGCUCCAAUGCCAUCAUCUGGAGAGGAAGAUUUGUGCCGAUAGCCUCCUGGCAUAUGCCGCCUCAAAGCCCCAGUUGUCCGUUUAUCACUGCAUUGUAGAGGUGAUUCUGGCCGAGAUGCUGCAGUUGCCCAGUUCCCAGUGGAUCACCCUCAACUAUGGAUCCAUUCUGGUGGAGUUGUGCAAGCGCCAACCGAACAAGGUGCCCCAGGUGGUGCAUCAGGCGGCGGACAUCCUCUUCGCCCGACUGGACUUUAUGAGCGUGGCCUGCUUCGAUCGGCUGGUCAACUGGCUAUCGCAUCACAUGAGCAACUUCGGGUUUCUCUGGAACUGGAAAAAGUGGGCUCAGAGUGUCUCCUUCCCAAUCGAUUCCAGUGCCACUAAUCAUCAGCCGAAGGUUGUCUUUCUCAGAGAAUUACUUAAGAAGUGUCUCAGAUUAUCAUAUCACCAAAGAAUCGUAGAGAUUCAACCGGACGUCCUGGCCGGCGUUCUUCCGCCGGCUCCACUUCCGCACUUCAAGUUCGUCGACGAGUUGCUCCCGGGUGCGAUGUUGUCAAAGAAUCUCCUAGAAGCGAUGCGCAGCAAGCAAUGCUGCUCAGAAAUGAUAAUCAGCCUUAUAAGUGGCUCCACGGAUAUCGGACUGCUGCUCAAGAUCAACGUGUUCACCCAGAACUGCCUCCACCUGGGAUCCAAAUCAUUCAGUCACACUUUCGCAAUACUAGCCAAAUACCACUCGGUCUUUAAGAAUAUGGCUGCUGGCGAGUCGGAGCAGCAGCAUGCGAUCUUGAAUGGAAUCUCCGAGGUUUGGGUCAACAGCGAGCAUUUCCGGUUUGUGGUGGCCGAAAAGCUUCUCCGGAUGGAGGUGCUUGAGUCCAGAUGCAUCGUGUCCUGGAUUUUUGGCCCCUUGAUGCGCAAGGAGCUUAGCAAGAUGUAUAUCUGGGAGCUGCUCCACUCCACUGUGCGCUGGGUGAAGAACGUUCAGAAGCGGAAUGCAACUGUGGAAGUAGAUGGUCCAAAUGGUUCUGAUUAUGUGGUCAGGAGCAUCCUCCUGGACAUCUUGCAUCGCUUUGUAAAGGCACUUAGGGCUGCUCCGGUGGAUCAGGAGAGAUCUGAGCAGCACUACUGGUUUCACUGGGUUCUUGGUAGACUGCAGGAGACACUCUUUAUAUACGCUGAUGACUACAAGAAGAUGUCCUGCAAGCUAGUAAAAAUUGCAGGGGAUACUGACCUUAGGGGUGACAUCUCAAAAACUAUCCAGGGUUUUUUGGCCUACGUCAAAAUGUAACCUAUAACUUCUACACUUAUAUUUCCAUAUGAAUAUCGUAAACCAAAAACGAAAUAUAUACGUAUAAACAAAAAUA